AGCACGUACUAGGCACAGGCCAAUCUGCCUCCCGCUGGCAGCGGCGAAUUUGGUUGUUGAGGAGGAGAAAAGAAGGUGGAUGUGACAGCCAUGGCGUGGCUCUUCGGCUACGUGGACGUGACUGAUUCUACCUUCAUUGCGGCUGUCCUCUCCAUCGCCUUCAACCCGCUCUUCUGGAACGUGGUAGCCAGAUGGGAGCACAAAACGCGAGCGCUCAGCCGAGUCUUCGGCUCUCCACGUGCUGCCUGCUACUGCCUGGGCGCUGUUAUCCUGAUGCUUAACUGUGUGAGGAGCCAUUGCUUCACAGAAGCCAUGAAGAGCCAGCCGAAGCUGGAGGGCUUGGACUGCCACUGGGCCUAUUACUCAGGCUUGGCCAUCUUGGCUGUAGGGACCUUGUUUGUCAUCUCCAGCUUCUUAGCACUGGGAUUCACCGGGACGUUCCUAGGUGACUACUUCGGCAUCCUGAUGGAGGCAAAAGUGACCAGCUUCCCCUUCAGCGUCCUGGAUAAUCCCAUGUACUGGGGCAGCACAGCCGUCUACCUGGGCUGGUCCCUCAUGCAUGCAAGCCCAGCUGGCCUUUUGCUGACAGCUGUAGUGGCAAUUUCCUACACAAUCGCAGUGCUGUAUGAGGGGCCUUUCACAGAGGAAAUAUAUCGGCAGAAACAGAAGGGAGCGAAGAACAAGUAGCAACAGCAGUGUCUUGGAUACCUCGGCACAGCAUGCCUCUCUGGUCCCCACGCCGUCCGAUUUGCCCAUUUUCCUACUGAGAUGUAUCCUACUAAUUAGCCCAGCAACCCUUAAUGAGCCAACUGAGCACCCUGCAGUUUUGGAAGUGAUCGGAGGAACAGCCUGAGCACGGCGGCACCUCCUCGCUGCAGCCCGCGAGAGCUGGAGGUCCCUGUCCCCAGGUCCUUGUUGCCAUUGCCGGGUCACUGUGGCUCCUGCCACGAAGGUGAUGCUCUCCCGGGAGCCGCAUGGCGCGGGACCUCCCGACCUCUCCUCCCGCACCGAUUAUUGGAGCUCUGCAGGGCAAAAAGCAACCCAGCUCCAGCCCCGGACUGGAGGGCAAGCAGAGUAACGAUGGAGACACCGGGGGCCUUUCGGAAGUGAGCUCUGAGCACGGGGAAGCACCGGCUCCGGCUGAUGCUGAAGAUCAUCUGAAGAUGCUGCCGAAGAGCCACAGGAAGAAAACAAAAGCUUGGGUGAAGCAACGGGGAGGGCUCGGGAGCCCCUGGGGCAUUCAAACACGGCUGGGGAAGGAAGAGGGGAAACUGCUGCAAACUCAACAACAAAACUUGCUGCAAACCCAGCAACAAACCUUGUCUUUUCUGGGAGAGGGAAACCUCCCCGUCCAGAGCUGCCGUUUCCCACCUGGGCAGAGCCCUGCAGCAUCUCCGCACUAUUUGCAAAGGCUCCAAGAAAGGUGACUGAAAAGCACAUAGAUGUGAACGUACGACCUAAACCACCAGCCGAGGGGGAUGGAGGGAUGGCAGGCGUCCUGUGGGGAAGCCCCAGCGUGGAGAAGACCGAGGGGAAGAGUCAGUCCCCAUCCACACCCUGCAGAUAUCCCAUCCCUGGCCAUGUCAGCGCCCCGGCCCCCUCCACACCCACCCAGCCCCUCCCUUUCCC